CCAGAAGAAUUCCUCAGAUUUUGGUUACAUUAUGGACUCCUGUCCCGGUAACAAGACAGAGUACACAACCUCCGUUACCAGACUGGGGUGUGGUGUGGAUGAGAAUGGGCGGAGUCAGUACUUCUGUGUUCCAAAUCACCAGAGGUCAAGUCUAGUGGAGUUCUGUUAUAAUUCAACAGUUCCAUUUUAUGAAAAAGGAAAUUGUAUAGAGGUUUACGAAAGUGGAAAUUUGGAUCAAACCAGCUGUCUCAAUUUCACAGAUGGAUGUCCUGAUGACCAUUUCUUUCUCUCUGACCUGUAUAAAUUCCCAGCUUGUCUAGGAGUCAAUCUUCAAGAACGAUGCUUUUUUGCGGAUCCUGCAUGUCCUAACAUCACGUAAGUGAACAUUGAAGAAAGAGAGAGAGAGAGAGAGACAGA